CCGCCAUUUAGAUCCCCCGAUGCCUCCGUCAGCCUCCCUCCUCGCCGUCCUCGCUCGGAAACAACACCGCAUGUUUCAGCUGUCCAGUCUGCCAUGCUACUGUCUGCCCACACAGACAAUGCCCGGGGGCAAUCUGUGUUCGCUCUGCGUUCGAUGCAUCCGUCCGGAAGACGUUGACGUGUCCGCGGUCGAGGCGUCCUGCGAGUCUGAUAAGCCCUGAUCGAACCGUCGAUGGGCCAAUGCAGCUCUCGAUCGAAGUCACACCAGGCUUCGCUUCUGGCCCCGCGAUGAGCUCGUGCAGGCUGCCUGGUUCUGGCUCUGUCACUGUGUACUUACACUGGUAUGUGCGUUACCAUCCAAGUGCCCCGUCCAACCCCUCGUCGUGUCGGCGUUCGUCAGUUAUCAGGGAUGACAGGAUACGCCAUAGUGUCGCCUCAUCACCGUAUUCGCCUCUGAUUGCCUCCCGAGGCAACUGCCAUGCUCAAUUAGAUCGACUCUGCCGCUCCUUUCGUCUCUCGGGUAUCCUCCUCGGUCGUGGAUAUCACCCGGGAGUCUCAGACGUGCACGUGAGUGGGGUUGCCUUUCCUACGACGAACCGGCUUCUGCUUCCACGGCCUACGCCACCCAACUCGCCGAUCGCAUUGGCAACACAGAGGUAUAGCUGCUCUCUGGAGAGGCGACGCGGACAGAGAAGGUGCGUUGUAGUAUUCUGUUGCGAUCGGUUUGAAACCCUCACGAGGAAGUCCUCCAUGACUUGCUCGACGCGCCGGAUGGGUCGACUAACGACCUGCAGAGAAACCACGCCCGGGAUGCCAGGAAAGACAAGGCCAGCAACGAGCAGAAGUUACGGGAAACGUCUCCUCGCCCUACCCAGAAUCGUCGUUCGGAGAGCAAGCCGGUCUAAUGAACUUGAAGGGGGCACAGAUCUCGCCUCUGUCAACAUGAAGAAUAUUCUCCACGUCAUGCAUUCGAAUGGAUCGACGACCGAGGUCUGGGUGCGGUGGGCCAUGUAGCAGGGAGCGCAUUGAGCGACUGGUCAGGUCGCUGAGUACGCGGCGGACGGAGACGAUGGGCAACAGUGGGGGCGGGGAGCUGGAGGGACGGCAGCACGAAGACGUCGGAAGGCCGGACGAUGCGUCCUGACAGAUCUUGUCUACUUUGGUACUUGGAGGAAACCGACUGGACACUCAGAGUGUGACGAUCCUUGGACGACCCCUGGGCCCUCUGUCGCGCGUCAACGUUUCAACGUCGAGGGUCGAACAAGUCCGAUGCAUUAUUGCUGGUACUGGAUCUAUGUAACUCGUAAUGCAUGCUCUUGAUACUGC